AUGGAUACAUCAAAUUAUAUAAUAGAUCCAGAAGGUGAAGUUAUCAUAAUUUUACACAAUGAGAACAGCCCCUUUGCACAAGCGACUGGAGAUCCACGUACUCGUCGAAAGUUUGACUUCUCUCAAUUCUUAUUUUGCAACCCCUUGAGCUCCCAGGGAUUGACCAGUGUUCCAAGAUUCAGUUACAAACCGCUAGAGCUGAGUCUUAAGGAACAGGCCGGGGAGAGAAAGGAUAAAAAGAAGAAGAAGAAGAGGGACAAGAAAAGCAAGCCCGCCGUUGAAGAGCCCGCCGCUGAAGAAUAUGCUGCUGAAGAGACCGCUGAAGUCCCCCCUAUGGAUGAGACUGCCGCUGAAGAAUAUGCUACUGAAGAGCCCGCCGCUGAAGAGCCCGCCGCUGAAGAGCCCGCCGCUGAAGAGCCCGCCGCUGAAGAAUAUGCUGCCGAAGAGGCUGUUGUCGAAGUCCCUUUCGCUCAUAGCGGCCCGCGUAUUCAGGUCUCUGCGAAACAUUUAAUGUUUGCCUCUCCGGUUUUUAAAAGGCUACUAACUGGAGGCUGGAAAGAAAGCAUUGUUUACUUCCAGAAAGGCUCAGUUGAGAUCACUGCAGAAGACUGGGAUAUUGAAGCUCUCAUGAUUGUACUUCGGGCUAUUCAUGGUCAAAAUAACGAUAUACCUAGAAAGCUGACCCUGGAGAUGCUUGCGAAGGUUGCUGUUAUUGCAGACUACUACGAAUGCCGGGAGCCUUUGGUUUUUCUGGAAGAUAUGUGGAUCGAGAAAGUGGACGUGAAAAUUCCGCUAGCAGCUCCUAGGGAUUUGAUGUUAUGGCUAUGGAUUGCCUGGUUUUUUCGACUCCCAUCCCAUUUCGAAUCAGCAACUUCUAUCGCUAUGUCGGAGAGCGAUGGCUAUAUUGAUAGCUUAGGACUUCCGAUCCCGAAAGAGGUCAUUGUUUCGAUUAAUGAACGACGAGAGAAGGGUAUCAAUGAUUUAAUUGACCUUCUUGACGGAACACGCAAAGCCUUUUUACUCCGCGAUCGGGGCUGCUGUCUUGAAUGUAGCUCAAUCAUGUACGGCGCUCUGACUAUCCAGUCAAACGAUCUGCUUUUAUCGAAACCUGAAUGGCCUUUUCCAAAUUUAAGUUACAAGUCUCUCGUGCAGACGAUAAUGGCCAUCAAAUCACCCCGAUGGUACGAUUCGGAAUCAAGAUAUUCGGGCUAUGGAUCCAGCUCUAAGCACAGCUGCCCUGAAGCCUCCUUUGCAUCCAUAUUCGGGGGCCUUGGUAAAUCUCUUGAGGGCUUUGAACUGAAUCAGUUCACUAGUCCCUAA